AAGUGACGUCACGCGCGGGCGCGACGCUGUCGCCAUCAUGGCGGGCAGGGGGGCCUCACGCGUCCCGGAGCGGUGGACCGACUACAUCCCGCUGGGCUGCAGGAUGCCGGGCACGCGCUUCAUCGCCUUCAAGGUGCCCCUGAAGAAGAGUUUUGAGCAGAACCUCCUGCCAGAAGAGAGAUUUUCCCCUCAUGACCUCAUCAGGAAGGUCAGGGAGCGGCAGGAGGAGCUGGGGCUGAUCAUCGACCUGACGUACACCACGCGCUACUACGGCCGCGAGGAGCUGCCCUCCACGCUGAGGUACUCAAAGAUCCUGACCAUGGGACGUGAGAUCCCAAACAGGAGAACCAUUCUGAGGUUCAAUUACCUGGUGAAAAAGUUUCUGACAGACAACAAAGACAACGAUAAACUCAUCGGGGUGCACUGCACGCAUGGCUUGAACAGGACUGGCUACUUGGUCUGCAGGUACCUGAUUGAUGUUGAAGGCAUGGAGCCAAAUGCUGCCAUCGAGUUGUUCAACAAGUCUCGAGGGCAUCCCAUGGAGAGACCAAACUACAUCCAGGAUCUGCAGAGGAGAGCCCUGAAAAACAGCUGUGAGCUGAAGAAUUUGGGCUCAGAUCUCUCCAGGAAAAAAGGCAGCACCCCAGGCAAGCCCCAAAAGCAGCAGCAGCCACCCCUGGCAGUGCCCAGGAGUCCCAGCAGCUCCAGGAAGAAGCAGCAGCCUGGCCCCACGGCUCAGGGACAGCCCCAGGAGCAGGGCCACAGGCACGGGGCCCUGGGACAGGCACAGCUGGAGAAGAAGAAGCUGGAGAAGCUGGAGCAGAAACAGCUGGAGCAGAAACAGCUGGAGCAGAAACAGCUGGAGCAGAAACAGCUGGAGCAGAAACAGCUGGAGCAGAAGAAGCAGAGGAGGCUGGAGAAGAAACAGCGGAAAAAGCUGGAGAAGAGACAGCAGAGGAAGCUGGAGAAGAGACAGAAGAAGCUGGAGGAGCAUCUGGAGCAGAAUCAUCUGGAACAGGGGCAGGAUCAUCUGGAGCAGAGGCAGCAGAAUCAUCUGGAACAGGGGCAGGAUCAUCUGGAGCAGAGGCAGCAGAAGAAUCUGGAACAGAAGCAGCAGAGGCAGCAGAGUUUCCUGGAGCAGAAUUGUCUGGAGCAGAGGCAGCAGAAGCAGCAGAAUCAUCUGGAGCAGAGGCAGAAGAGUUUCCUGGAGCAGAAUCAUCUGGAACAAGGGCAGAAGAAGCUGGAGCAGAGGAAGCAGAAGAAGCUGGAGCAGAACAUGGAACAGAAGCAGCAGAGGCAGCAGAAUCACCUGGAGCAGAGUUACCUGGAGGAGAAUUGUCUGGAGCAGAGGAAGCAGAAGAAGCUGGAGCAGAAGAAACUGGAGCAGAGGCAGCAGAGUUUCCUGGAGCAGAAUCAUCUGGAGCAGAGUUUCCUGGAGCUGAGUUUCCCGGAGCAGAGGAAGCAGAAGAAGCUGGAGCAGAGUUUCCCAGAGCAGAAUCACCUGGAGCAGAGACAGCAGGGUUUCCUGGAGCAGAAUCAUCUGGAGCAGAGGAAGCUGGAACAGAAGCAGCAGAGGCAGCAGAAUCACCUGGAUCAGAAUUUCCUGGAGCAGAGGCAGCAGAAUUUCCUGGAGCAGAAUUUCCCAGAGCACAGACAACCCUGCACUUUCCCCCCCAAGAACUUUUGCCUUUCCCCACCCCUCAAGAAGCAGCACAAGGAGCUGUUCUCCCCCCAGAUCCCCCAUCCCUGGCUGCCCCAGGAGCCCUCACCUGCCAGGAAACGCCGGCGCAGGAAACACAAACUGAGACAGCAGGAAAUAUCCUGACAGCACCAGAGAUUUCCACCAGCAAAAACCCUCCCUGGGCUUCAGGGGACAGCUGUGGCUCAGCCAGGAGCAGCUGAACAGGGCUAUUUUUUAAUCUGAUUUAUUUUAUUGCCCCCAGAUGCUUUUACACGGAAUUUUUUUAACGUGAUGCUGAGCAGAGUCUGACCCGUGGGGGAUGCAGGGAAUAAAAAUAAACACAGACUCAAGCAGAGCUGCAAUAAUCCUAAAGAAAUCCUCAGGCAUCCCUAGGACUUUCAACAAAACGGGUUUUUGUUGAUUUCCUCAAGGCAGAAACGGGAUUGGGCCUGAAACGCCGGAUUUUUGUGUCUCGUUUUUACUCACUUUUGCUAAAGUAAAUUUCCACGCUGUGCAAA